GGCUUUCUAAAAUAGCGUGUAGCCCUAGCAGUAGAGUAGCCAAACUGGACUAGAAUGUUGUAGGUGUGUCAAUGCCGGCCUUUUCGAGAGGAAUUGUGAUUUAUAAUUGUGUAUUUCACACAUCAAUUGUCGAAUAGUGUAGGCACAUUCAUGUAUGUACUUUAUGCGCACGGUGGCAUUGAUUUUUGAAGUGCAAAUCCAGUUCAGUGAUCAAAAACAACUGAGGACAAGUUCGACUGUCUAAAGAUAUGUACAUGCGACUUACCCUUCAUGCAUUAGUUCAAUUUCCAAUAUUUCAGUACAAUUUAUGAGUGCUUGUACUGUGAAUAUGAAUUGAAGAAUCAUUAAUUCGCAACCGCUGGAAGUCAUUGUGUCUUGUUAAACUAAAUUUUUGGACAGUUCUUAUGUUUCGGAAGGAGUGGAUUUCCUAAAUAAAUGACGGAUUGGCCGGUUUUUUCUAGCAGCUCAUGAUUACGGGACUACGAGAAUAGUAUUAAUUUAUUCGAGAUUGACUUUAAUAUUGCCUGCUGGUCUUUUUAUAUCAAUUAAUACCAUGAUAUACAUUAUGUUCAAGCUCGGUCAACGGAUCUGCUGACUAUGUUAUGACAGAUGGUGGAGUUCAAUAUACAGAUCAUACACUCAUAAUGAUUUUAACUUGAAAUUAGAGAAAUUCGUACAUGAAAAAAUAUUAACUACAUAAGAAUAUUCUAUGAAAAGCUUUAGAAGAUUGAAGAAUCACUUAAAUCGACUAUCGUCCCUACUGCUUCUUCAAUACAAAAUUGAGAAAAGUUUGACGUAACAUUUUUCACAGAUUCUAGCGUGGCAGUGCAAGACAAGCUUAAUCUAGAAUGUAAAAAUCAUCGGCUAAGGCAUCGAACUAGAGUGGAGUGCAGCAGGAAAAUAGUUCUCACAAAAUGUGGAAUAUGAUGUGUGACGUGAUGCCAACCAUUGUCGAAGACAGCAUCAGUCAACGAAGUUCUCAAUUUUCUGGCGAAGAUGCCAAUUUUGAGCAACUUAUGGUAUCCAUGCUAGACGAGAGGGAUAAAUUAAUGGAUUCUUUGCGCGAGAGUCAAGAAAGGCUUCAAGAAGCAGAGUCACGUCUUCAGGAACUUGAAAAAGAACGAGAUGCGCUUAAUCGGCAAAUAACUGCAAGUGUUCCUCAGGAAUUUUCUCAAUUGACGAAAGAGCUGACGUCUGCCCGUGAGAGUAUUUUGGAGAGAGAAGAAGAAAUCUCGGAGUUGAAAGCAGAGCGAAAUAACACUCGGCUCUUGCUUGAACACUUGGAAUGCUUGGUCUCACGACAUGAAAGGUCACUGCGUAUGACAGUUGUUAAAAGACAAGCUGCAGCACAAUCUGGUGUAUCGUCUGAAGUCGAGGUAUUAAAAGCACUAAAAAGUCUAUUCGAGCAUCACAAAGCUUUGGAUGAAAAGGUUCGAGAGAGAUUACGUAUAGCACUUGAUAGGAAUACAAGUUUGGAAGAAGAAUUGACACAUACCAAAGAAGAGCUUCAAGAAUAUAAAAUAAGUGGAUGUUCACCGAAAGCUCUGGAAGAUAGACCCAGGGAAAACGGCCAAACAGACGAUAGUCAACAUCAAACUAAGAAUGCAGAGUUGAAUACUUGGCAGCGCAGGGUUGCAGAAUUAAAUGCACGAGUAGCAGAGUUAGAAGAAAACUUGUCCAAGGCCCAAAAGGACUUUUUAAGAUCUCAAGAAGCUAAUGCGAAAUUACAGAGAGAUUUACGAGAAAAUGUUGCACAAAAAGAAGACCAAGAAGAAAGAAUCGUCACUCUUGAGAAACGAUAUCUUAAUGCUCAAAGAGAAUCCAUUAGUUUACAUGAUUUAAAUGAAAAGUUAGAACAAGAAUUGCAGCAUAAAGAAGCUCAGCUUAAGUUGCAAGAAGAAAAAAUUUGUGCUAUUCAGGAAAAAUUGGAACUGGCAGAACAAAAACUGGCUCAGUAUGCAAAAUUACCGGAAAUGGAAGAACAGUUAAAGCAGAGAAUGGAGGCUCUGACCCAGGUGAGGAGGCCCAACCAGGUUCAGGAAAGACACGGAAGUGCGGAAGACAGAAUUCAAAGAUUGGAAACUCAACUAGAUGAAAAAAGUGCAGAAGUAAUGCGUCUCAAUCAACGACUUAAAAUGAAUGAAGAACAUAAUACUAGACUUAGUGCUACUGUGGACAAGCUUCUGUCAGAAUCAAAUGAGAGGUUACAGGUUCACCUUAAAGAAAGAAUGAAUGCGUUGGAAGAAAAGAACGCUCUUCAACAAGAAUUGGAAAGAACAAGGAAAAUAACAGAAGACUUGCAAAAUGAAAAAACGGAUUUAGUGAAAGAGUUAGGAAAGACACGACUUGAAAUUGAUAGUAUUAAAAGACAGAUGCUUCAGCAAGAAAUUGCUUUUAAUAUCCAACAGACAGAUGCUUUGACGAGAAGUCUCUCACCAAAUGCAGUAGACCAGGCAUCUUUCUCCAGAAGUACAAGUCAUGGCAGUUUUGAUACACAUUCGUUACCUAGGAGAAGCGGUAGAAGAUCUAUUGAUGACGAAUCAUCGAAGGGGUAUGCAGUCAGAACUUUGGCUGAACAAGAGUGGGAGAAGUUACAACAAGCCCACGUUCUUGCAAAUGUUCAGCAAGCGUUUGAUGUUUCCAGUGAUGCUGAGGGCGAUGGCGACAACGAAAGUAUUUUUAGUUCAGCCGAUGUAAUUAGUUCAACUGGCCAUACUGAUACGCAGCAACUUGCAAUGAUGCUGCAAGAACAGUUGGAUGCUAUCAAUAAUGAGAUUAGACUGAUACAGGAAGAAAAGCAAAAUACUGAAGCAAGAGCAGAGGAAUUGGAAUCAAGAGUGGGCAGCUUAGAACAUAUGAAUUUAUUAUCAAGAGGGCGAAGUCUGGAUCGCACUUCUCCUCCUUUAAGUGGCCGGUCUACGCCAAAAUCACAUCACAGUCCUAACAGAGACUAUUUGCACAAGUACCAUACGGCACCAGCUUCAAUGUCACCAGCACAUCUUCAUCAAUAUGCUGCGUCUUUGAUUAGCCCAGGACAACUAUCGGAAUCUCUCCCUGCAAGUCAGUUGCAGCUUUCUGGCGAGGAGUUACAUUCAGUCAGCGAGAGAGAUAGCGGAGCUGGAAUCGGAAGUGGCAGUGAUAUUGCCUCACCAUUAACAGCUAGGUCGCUGAGGCUAGAACGAGUUGUUCAAGCGUUGGCACAUAGUCAAGAAGAAUUAAGAAGGCAUGGACAACACAACAAUGGUAUACUCAAUUCUGGAACUCCUCCUUCUCCACUAUCUUCACGUCAUAGCAGUCAGGAUAGUUUGUACAAGAAUAAUUUCAGUACUGGACUUCCGACAGGACUGUUAUCGAGUUCGCAUUUACAUAUGCCAAUGAAUUUGAGUCCAGUUACAGCAGCUACAGUUGCAGCAGCACAAAAGAAAAAGGGUAUUAAGAGCAGUCUUGGCAGAUUCUUCAGUAAAAAAGAAAAGAUAAAAGGAAAAGAUGCGAUUAUGCCUGGUGACCUUCCGGGUAUGGGAGGAUUAAGUUCGUUUGGAGACACUGAUUAUGGCGAAAACGUCUCAAUUGCCGGGACUCUUGCUGGCAAAAGCGACUUUGACCGUAGAAAAAAGAAAAGUAUGUUGGAUUCGUCUCGACACGAAUUAUUAGCGGAAGCCAUGAAAGCUGGCACACCUUUCGCUUUAUGGAAUGGACCAACAAUAGUUGCCUGGCUAGAGCUAUGGGUAGGAAUGCCUGCGUGGUAUGUUGCAGCUUGUCGAGCAAACGUUAAAAGCGGAGCAAUCAUGAGUGCACUAAGUGAUACGGAGAUACAACGUGAGAUUGGAAUCAGCAAUCCUCUACAUCGACUGAAACUGAGACUGGCUAUUCAGGAGAUGGUAUCAUUAACCAGUCCAUCGGCACCGAAAACUUCACGUACAACUUUAGCAUUCGGGGAUAUGAAUCAUGAGUGGAUCGGAAACGUUUGGCUACUAAGUCUUGGCUUACAACAAUAUCGGUCUACUUUCAUGGAGUGCCUUGUAGACGCCAGAAUGCUAGACCAUCUUACUAAAAAAGAUCUUCGAGGACAACUCCGAAUGGUUGAUAGUUUUCACAGAACAAGCUUGCAGUAUGGUAUCUCCUGCUUGAAAAGGCUUAAUUAUGAUAGACAUCAAUUGCAAGAGAGAAGACGCAUAGCGGAGGGGAAAAACAUCGACGUUAUUGUUUGGAGUAAUGAUCGUGUGAUUAGAUGGGUGCAGUCAAUAGGAUUAAAGGAAUUUGGAAAUAAUCUUCUGGAAUCCGGCGUACAUGGGGCUCUUAUAGCUCUUGAUGAAAGUUUUGAUGCCAACAGUUUUGCUCUUACGUUGCAAAUUCCGACACAGAAUACACAGGCAAGACAAUUAUUGGAUAUGGAGUUCUUGAAUUUGCUCACGAUAGGAACUGAAAGAAGAAUUGUGGAUUCAAGUAACUUGAAAUCUUGAUCAAAUUCAUCGAGACCUGUACACCUCCUACCACAUCAUGUCUAGUCCAGAACCCCAGCUACUAAUACUAUCUGUUCGCGAGUGUCAUUUAAUGACAGUAAGAGCUUUAUGUAUCACUUUUAAAGGCAUCUUCUUAAAAAUACCCUAGCCUGGCAAGUGGUGGUGUAAAAGUGGUAUUGAUAUGAUAUUAAUGUCUCGAAUUGGUUUCAUACUCGCACAGUGAAGUUUUAAACAUUAUGCAGGAAUGAAGUGUGACGUGUGGAAUGCCAUGUGCCAUAAUAUUUCUUUGUAAAAUAGUUAUUUAAAAAAGCAUUGUACAGAGAUGGAAGCAUAACGUUCCAUGUUCGCCGAACAUUCUUCUGACA